AUGAUCCAUAUAGAACAAUCACCACCAACCGUCACCACGACCAGACAGACUUCCACGGAACCCUUGGAAACCGACCUAGAGCUGCCGAUAACCGCCACGACCGCCGGAGCCUCGAAGGUGAAAAAAAAAUUGACCCUCAUCCCAUUAAUUUUCCUAAUAUACUUUGAAGUUGCUGGUGGCCCAUAUGGUGAAGAACCAGCAGUAAAAUCAGCAGGCCCAUUACUAGCAAUUCUUGGUUUUUUAAUUUUCCCAUUUGUUUGGAGUAUACCAGAGGCCCUAAUCACAUCUGAACUUUCAACAACUUUUCCUGGUAAUGGUGGAUUUGUUAUUUGGGCUGAAAGGGCUUUUGGGCCCUUUUGGGGUUCUUUAAUGGGCUCUUGGAAAUUUCUUGGUGGAGUUAUAAAUGUAGCCUCUUUUCCACCUCUUUGUGUUGGUUACCUAGAGAAAAUUUUCCCAAUUUUCUCAUCUGGGGUACCAAGAAAAUUAGCAAUUCUUGGAUCAACAUUGUUACUAUCAAUUAUUAACUAUUUUGGUUUAACAAUUGUGGGGUAUGUAGCUGUUGCACUUGGGGUUAUUUCACUAGCACCUUUUCUUAUAAUGUCAAUUAUAGCUAUUCCAAAGAUUCAUCCAAAUAGAUGGUUAAGUUUAGGCCAAAAGGGCGUGAAAAAAGAUUGGAAUUUGUUCUUUAAUACCUUGUUUUGGAAUUUGAAUUUUUGGGACAAUGUUAGUACUAUGGCAGGUGAAGUUGAGAAUCCCAAAAAAACCUUCCCUUUAGCACUUUUUUCAGCUGUGAUUUUCACUUGCUUGGGAUAUAUUAUUCCGCUUCUGGCAGUAACUGGCGCUAUUUCACUUAAUCAAAAUGAUUGGGACACGGGGUUUAUGGCAAAUGCUGCAGAGAUGAUUUCAGGAAAAUGGUUAAAAAUCUGGAUCGAAAUCGGUGCUGUUUUAUCAGCAAUUGGUCUUUUUGAAGCCCAAUUGAGUAGCGCGACCUUUCAGGUUUUGGGCAUGUCCGAAUUAGGCUUCUUACCUAAGUGUUUCGCGAAAAGGUCUAAAAAGUUUCACACACCAUGGAUCGGGAUUUUAGUGUCUACUGCUAUUAUGUUGGCGAUUUCUUGCCUGGAUUUCACCGACAUUGUUGCUUCCGCGAAUUUCUUGUAUAGUUUAGGCAUGCUUUUGGAAUUUGCAUCAUUUAUUUGGUUAAGGUACAAGUUUCCUAAGUUAACUAGGCCAUAUAAAGUGCCUAUUAAUUUGCCCGGAUUAGUGAUUAUGAGCUUGAUUCCAUGUGGAUUUUUGGUUUUCAUCAUGGUUAUUGCAACAAAGAUCGUGUUCUUGAUUAGUGGAUUGAUGACUAUUGGAGGUAUUGGAUGGUACUUUUUGAUGAACUUUUGCAAGAAAAAGAAGUGGUUCAAGUUUUAUGAAGUGUCAGCUGAUGAAUAAUCAGAGGCGAAUUCAGAAGUUGUUUGUGAGUCCUUUGGAUCCUCCUUGAAUUAGGUAUUAGGAAUAUGAAAUAAAAAUCGUCUUUUUCCCCUCUACAGAUUUAUUUUGAUCUGAAGAAGGUUCUUGUAAAUAUAAUUUUUAUAUUAUGUUUGGAACUUUGCUUCCUUAAUCAGGACAUUGUUCUUUUACUUUUCAAGUAGUUAAUGAAAAAAUAUC